GGUCCACACAUGCUUCGCUCAACUGGUGUCUCCCAACUCUGGGCCAAAACGACGUCGUCCCCACUGAAAACGACGUCGUUCAGGCUCAUCUUCACCAACUCCACCCAUGACGAAGAUCUCUACGCCACUUUGCUCCGCAGAUUCGCCGAAACCAGAGACUCCCAGCAUGGCCGGGCACUCCACGCCAAGCUCAUCAAAGGGCCUCUUCACAAUUCUCUCUUCCUCAACAACCACAUCCUCAACAUGUACGCGAAAUGCGGUCACUUGCCCCAUGCGCACAAGCUGUUCGAUCAUUUGCCGCACAGAAAUGCUGUGUCGUGGUCCGUCCUCAUUGCGGGCUUUGUCCAGCACAACCGGCCCAGCUACGCGCUGGUGCUAUUCUCACAAAUGCACGCUGCUGGAGUCAAUAUCAACGAGUUUACCUUGGUCAGCGCACUACACGCAUGCUCAUUGUAUGAUAAUGAUAGUGAUAAUAAUGAAGGAUAUGACUAUUCUUACUAUCUGAGUCGUUUGUAUCAAGUGUACGCCUUUGUUGUUCGGUUGGGAUUUGAGUGGAAUGUAUUCUUGAUGAACGUGUUUAUGACAGCAUUGAUAAGAAGUAGGAAGUUGGCGGAGGCGUUGGAAGUUUUUGAGGCGUGUAGGGGCAAGGAUGUUGUGUCGUGGAACGCAGUGAUGGCGGGAUUGGUGCAGUUUUGUUGUGGGGAAGUGCCAGGGUUUUGGAGGAGGAUGUGCUGUGAGGGAGUGAAGCCUGAUAACUUCACCUUUUCGGGAGUUCUUUCUGGGUUGGCUGCUCUUGGUGAUGGUGGAAUGGGGGUGCAAGUGCAUGGACAGCUUGUGAAGUGCGGGCAUGGAGGCGAGGUUUGCAUUGGGAAUUCGCUGGUUGAUAUGUAUUUGAAGUGUGGAAGUUUGGAGAAAGGCAUCAAGGCUUUUGAGGAAAUGGUGGAGCGCGAUGUCUGUACUUGGAAUCAGAUGGCUGCAGGGUGCCUGAACUGUGGGAAACCGGGUAGAGCGCUUGAGUUGAUUGUGGAAAUGAGGAGAAGCGGUGUGAGGAUGAACAAGUUCACCCUUGCCACUGCCCUUACUGCCUGUGCCAACUUGGCUUCCUUGGAGGAGGGGAAGAAAGCCCAUGGAUUGAGAAUUAAGCUCGGGAAUGAUGUUGAUGUCUGCGUGGAUAAUGCCUUGCUUGACAUGUAUGCAAAGUGUGGAUCCAUGGAUGAUGCCCUGAAGGUCUUUGGGACAGUGGAGGCUCGUUCAGUUGUUUCUUGGACAACCAUGAUCAUGGGGUUUGCGCAAAAUGGCCAAGCAAGGAAAGCACUUGAGAUUUUUGAACAGAUGAGAGCUGAGGGCAAAGCACCAAACUACAUCACCUUCAUUUGCGUGCUCUACGCAUGUAGCCAAGGAGGGUUGAUUAAUGAAGGGUGGGAAUAUUUCUUGUCCAUGGACCGGGACCAUGGAAUAUCACCUGGAGAAGAUCACUAUGCAUGUAUGGUUGAUAUGCUUGGGCGAGCAGGACACAUUAAAGAAGCACGUGAGCUAAUAAGGAGGAUGCCAUUUCAGGCUGGUGUGCUGGUGUGGCAGACUCUGCUAGGAGCUUGCCGGGUUCAUGGCGAUGUGGAAACAGGAUUACUUGCAGCAAAGCAGGCGUUGAGCUUGGACAAAGACGAUUCUUCAACUUAUGUGGUAUUAUCAAACAUGUUUGCUGACGGGAGGAAUUGGAAAGGUGUUGGUAGUUUGAGGGAACUGAUGGAAACUAGAGAUGUAAAGAAAAUGCCCGGUUCAAGUUGGAUUCAGCUAAACAAAAGGUAAGAGUAUGCACAAGAGUUCAUGAUUGUCGAUCCCUUUUAAAUUAGAAUUUAGUUCAUUAUUUUAACCAGGCAACUUUAGAAAAGUUUGUUCUUUAAAGAGUUUUUACACUCUGCUUUAGACUUUUGAUGGUAGUGAUGGAUGAAUAGGUAUCCUAGUUCAUUAUAAGCAAUUUGGACUA